CGGACGGAUCGGUAGAGGGAUCGCAGAGAGAGAUUGGUCGUCAACAAAGAAGACGAUCGACGCGACGUGAACGCGCGGACACGCGUUAUCUUCGCCGCAAGGACAGAACAAACGAAACUGGUCACGGACAACUGUCAGUCGAGUCGAUUUGAAAACCGGACGACAAUGACGAUCGCGGAGAACACGGAGUCGAAGAGGAGUUCUUCAACGGGUGUACCCAGCGUCAUGGACGAGAUAGCCGAUCAACGUCCGCUUAACGAGGACACGCAGGAUGCUCAGAGGCCGGAAGAGACGUCGAAUUUAAGCACAGAGGGGAAUCCUUUUUUCUCGAUGAAGAUCGACAUGUCGAUCAUGAAGUCGAAGAGAACGGACAAGGACGAGGAGGAUCGAGGAUCGAGGAAAGACCCGGAAGCCGACGGUGGCAACGUGGUCACACCGCCUGAUGGAGGACUGCGAGCAUGGAUGGUCAUGAUAGGCAGUUUCGUGAUCAACGGAGUGCUGUUCAGCGUCAUCAACACGUACUCGUUGAUCUAUCUCGAGUUACAGAAGAGAUUGCUCGAGUCUGGAGAAACAGCGGCGUCUUCGAAAGCCGCCUUGGUAGGGUCGUUAACCAUCGGCACCACGUUCUUUUUAUCACCGAUUUCUGGCAUUCUCACCGAUAAAAUUGGGAUUCAGAUGACCACACUUUUGGGUGGUGCACUUGCAUCUGGUGGAAUGCUACUCUCGUCGAUAUUUUCUAGCAAGGUAGCAUUGCUCUAUUUGACCUACGGAGUUAUGUACGGGCUUGGUGCAAGUCUUGCCUACACACCGAGCCUGGCGAUUUUGGGCCAUUAUUUUAAGAGAUAUUUGGGCUUGGUCAAUGGAAUCGUCACGGCCGGCAGUUCCAUAUUUACCACCCUUAUGCCCUACUUGAUGGAAGUCAUUCUUCGUCGUUUCGGCUUAGAGGGCACGCUUAGGUUUUUGGCUAUGCUCACUGCCAUCGUUAUGGCGUGCGCCAUUCUCUUCAAACCCAUUCCACUUAACUCCGUGCCCCGGGAUCAACUAAAAUCUAAAUCAAACUUCAAAAGCUGUCUGAAGGAAGUGGUGAACGUCUCGAUCUGGAGGAAAAAACGAUACGUGGUGUGGGCUAGCUCUAUUCCUCUCGCUCUAUUCGGGUAUUUCGUGCCGUACGUUCACAUAGGGAAAUUCGUCGAGACGGUGUUCAAGGACGCGGACGGUAAGCUGCCGAUCAUGUGCAUCGGAAUCACUUCCGGUAUCGGACGACUGCUCUUUGGCUAUAUCGCCGAUUUGCCCAGAGUGAACAGAAUAUUGUUGCAACAGAUAUCGUUUCUUAGCAUUGGCGUUCUUACAAUGCUCCUUCCCGUUACACCUUCAUUCAUGGUGUUGUUGCUCAUUUCUCUGGCCAUGGGGUUAUUCGACGGAUGCUUUAUAUCCCUUUUGGGUCCCAUUGCAUUCGAUAUAUGCGGUCGAGAAGGAGCAACCCAAGCUAUUGGAUUCCUGUUAGGCAUGUGUUCUAUACCUUUGACUGUGGGUCCACCUAUUGCUGGUCUUCUAUACGACCAUACUGGUAGCUACGAUUUACCAUUUUUCUUAGCCGGUAUUCCGCCAAUAGUAGGGGCACUCACUAUGUUCUUGAUUAAAUUCGUGGAGGACGAGGAGCAGAGCACUGUCAGAGAGAAUCCAGGGGAUAAAGCCACUUGUCAGAAUGGUUACUCGAGCAUCGACCUUCUCUCGCCGUGUCUCGUGGCGGACCUGAAACACGGGCAACCGGAUUGGAAGAUGACGACGCAUCGAGGUGUACACGAUCACCACUCGUCGAGAUGUUGCAGAUUCCACGAGUGCGCCGUGUACCAGCAACACAGGAUCGGGUGUCCCGAUUGUUACGGACACUCGGAGAGCGUGCCGUUGCUCCUUCACGGUGAAGAUCGGUCAGCUUCCAUCCGGUUUCAAAGGAUCCAGCAGUCGUCGUCGUCGAUGCCUCCCACGUGGUAG